CAGUCACAUCCACUGUUGGCGGAUUGUGGAGUGUUGCGUAGUUAGGUAGACAUUGCAUUCGCGCAUCUUCGUGUUUUAUUUUGUCUUUACGUUUUUUUGUGUGUUUCGGUUAGUUAGUAUAUAUCGAAAAUCAUGAAAGAACGAAGAAAUGCACAGCCACUGGUUGUCAGAUGUAAACUGGUGCUGGUUGGGGAUGUUCAAUGCGGGAAAACUGCGAUGUUACAGGUUCUGGCAAAGGAUUGUUAUCCAGAGACGUAUGUGCCCACAGUGUUUGAGAACUACACGGCCUGUCUCGAGCUAGACGAUCAGCGCGUUGAACUGAGUUUAUGGGACACGUCAGGAUCUCCAUACUAUGAUAAUGUAAGGCCCCUGUGCUACAGUGACUCUGAUGCAGUGCUUCUCUGUUUUGACAUCAGCCGUCCAGAUAUCUUUGACAGUGGACUUAAGAAGUGGAGGACUGAGAUCCUUGAUUUCUGCCCCAGUACUCGUAUACUCCUCAUCGGCUGUAAGACAGACCUUCGCACAGAUGUCUGCACACUGAUGGAGCUGUCCAAUCAGAAACAAACACCCAUCACUCAUGAGCAGGGCUCUGCCAUGGCCAAACAAUUGGGCGCAGAGGCUUAUCUUGAAUGUUCAGCCUUCACUUCUGAGAAAAGCAUCCACAGCGUGUUUCGUACAGCAGCGCUGGCCUGCAUCAACAAACUCCAACCGCUGGCCAAACCCAGCCCCACCCGCCGGCUGUCCAAACGCCUGCUCCACCUACCCAGCAAGUCCGAGCUCCUCUCCUCCACCUUCAAGAAGGAGAAAGCUAAGAGUUGCUCCGUAAUGUGAGUGGAGAUUUCGGCUCCCCCAAAAAGCUACACCAUUCCCUGCGCUUUGGUCUGGGGAAGGGGGGUGGGUUCCGAUUGCCACAUGAUCGAAGUGUGGGAUCCUUCCUCACCCCCCAAAGAAACACCAAUCAGAACAAGUGGACACUCUGCUGUCCUCCUUGUCCUGAGUUCUUCAACAGUGCAUACCUGUUUUUUCAGUAUCCUGCUUUCUCAAAUGAGGUUCGAUCAUCAGCUGUCAUCUUUUCACUCCUUGCUGUUGCACCAGUGUUAUUGUGCCAGUUGAAGCUCGGAAUGAUUCAACUUAGUAAAUAGAAAACAAAUGUUUAAAAAAGGUUCCAAUAACGUUUCGUACAAUGUAAACGUAAAGUGUAUAAAUAUGACCUCUCUAACGUGAGAUUCAAAAUGAAAUGUUUUAAAUACAGUAUGCACUAGAGACUAUAGAUGAGGGAAUCGCUCCAGGUGUUGUGGAGCAGUGCAUGCGGCCCAGGUCGUGUUGAGAAGGAAGGAUGCAUUGAACACUGACUCGUAUUUAGCAUUGUCAUGCUAGGUUUCAUUGGCUGCUGUGCAGGAAGUAAUAUGUCAUUUUUUGUUUUUGGGAGCUGACUGCUGUUGUGGGCCACUACCUUUAUCUGAAAAUGAGUGGUGGGAUAGUCUAAAACAAGGGACAAAAAUAUUUGUGAAAAAGACUCUUUAUAAUGCUACCAAAGUCAAUUUCCAUCGUUCCCUCUAGUGAAAUACUGAAAUAUACAAGCUUCUAUUUUUAGAAGCAUUAACUAUCUAGCGUUUGGCGGGUUGUGAGGACCAUUACGGUGAUGAUGUGUCUCCACGACUCCUGCUGCUGUAGUGUAGGCAACCACGAAUCUGUGCAGCGGUGUAGUUCUGCAAGGAUUCGAUCGGAUCGAAUUUGGCAUGAUUAAUGUUAUUUUAUUCUCGAAAAUGAUAAUAGUGUAGCACUAUGUUGAUAUUUGCUAUCAUCAAAUCGCCUGAAGUGUGAUCAGACCAGCAGAUUUGUUUAGUUUGUCAUGCAUCCGUGUGACAUCUAACGUAGCAUUCUAAAGUAGAACCUCAAUUUUUACAUCUCUAUAUCGAUGCUCAUGUAUUGACCUCCUUCGCAGCGGUACUUACUGAAAUAUUUGUUGACAGUCCAAUAUAUAAACGUUCGACCGGGAAAAUACUUUAAGCUUCAUGGUUUUUUGUGCAGAGUGCUGAAUUUGAAGUCUGCUUUACACCACAAAGCAAUAAUUAUGGUUCUCAUAAUUCAAAGUAUGUGAAGUGGCAAUAAGUAAAAAUAAAAAGCCUGCUAUUAAUCCGUGCUACUGCUUUGUGGACAUACGUACAGUAUAUAUGUGGAAAUACAUCACCGCUGCUGCAAAAAAAGCCAAUAUUGUGAUUCUGUUGAGCUUUUGAUAGAGCAAUUAAAUAACAUCUUUGGGUCAAAUUCAAUCGGAUGGGAGAUAAAACCAACUACUGGAGUACCAUUUGUGUUUUGUUCAUAAACGUAUGGGGGGUGAAUGCAUUAAAGACAGAUGGACUUGGAAGGGAUUCAGGCGGGACCUUUUUAAUAAAUUGAACAGCUUUAGGGGUUUAUCUGUGAGGUCACGAAAAUGCAUCUUUUGGAACAAAAUGGAACAGGCUGGCCCUGAUUAAUAAAAUAUAUUUUUGCCAUUUUUAAAUUCCAACUGUUCCUAGUUUGUCAUUUUAUCUUGUUUCUGUACACAAAUCAAUAUUUUUCUUGUCAUGUCAAAUCAGCAAUGAUGGAAGUGGGCUGCCGGUGUGAUUUCUUUGCUCCAGUGGCUGUUUACAGACUCCACAACUGUGACCGCAACCCCAUUUCCUUUGCAUUGUCUUGUAACUGCAGUUUUUUUUGGGGGGGGGGCGGGGGGGUUGAUGGACAGUGCGUAAACAUGUCAUGGGACAAGACAUUGUAGCUGCUGAUUUACUUGCAAACGUGUUUUAUAAAAGGCUCUGGGUAACCGGAGCAGCCCAGAUGAUUCAACAUAGAUAAAUCACUCUGACAUUGAGUCAUUACACUGCCUUUGCACAUCAUAGCGUACAAUUAAACUUCAAGCAUGUACUGUAGUUCCUCAGUUGUACAGAUCCUGUUUUGUAAUCUUUGUAAGACAUGUUAAAGAAUGUCAUGAUAUUAAUAUUUGUUCAUGUCGUGGAUUGACAAAGAUGUGCUUGAUGUAAACUAGCUUGGUCUUAUUUAUUUUGAUUCAUCAUUUGAGGUGACUUAUGUUUGUGUUGUACACAGUUUUGUUUCCGAACAUUAUUUUUUGGAAUUAUUGACCCUCUCCUUUCUUUGUCUUUGCAGUAAUAAAGCUUGCCUUUGUGUGGCA